UCCAUUCUCGAAAAUAUGAAGACGUUCACAGCAAGUGAGCUUGUGCCAACCACGGUGUUUUCAACCCGCCGGCACUUCCCCGGAAAUGCAGCAAUCGAACUUCACACAACCGCAGCACCACCACCGCGCCGGCGCAAUUGGGUUGCUCGUGCUCGUGCAACCCCUCGAAAACCGCCGCCGAUUCCAAUUUCCACCAACAUCGACGACAACAGUAUCUGGUGGAGAUGGAUUUCUAGACUCAUCUCCAUUUACUUGUUAUCUCUCAAUCUGGUUGCUGCAGCUUCUGAUUAUCAAUCUCCUUCUACUUAUUCCUGUGAGGACAUUGCCAACUACUAUUCCCCUUUGAAGAAUUCAAGGUUAAGAGGUGAAGCAUUCAAGAGAAAAUUGAACACCAUCAUUGCCCCUCAUCAUUCCUUGUCCUACCAACAGGUUUGGGAUGCCCUCAAGGUUCUUGAUGCUGCUGAUGUUGAUAAACCAGAAGCUUCAUUGGGAAUAGUUGAGAUAUACUCCUUAAGAGUUGUUCCCAAAGAGCUAUCAGGAAAGCCACAGGGAUGGAAUAGGGAGCAUCUAUGGCCUCGUUCCUAUGGGCUGGCUAAUGGUCCAUCUUUGACUGAUUUACACAACAUUCGCCCGGCUGACGUAAAUGUCAAUUCAUCAAGGGGAAACAAGUACUAUGGUGAAUGCGUAACUAGCUCGACCAAAUGUUUGAGGCCGGCCAACAAAGAGGCUGCUUUGGAUACUGAAACAGACAAGAAGAGGUGGGCACCACCUAUUCAGGUCAGAGGGGAUAUUGCAAGGGCAUUGAUGUACAUGGCAGUCUGCUAUGGGUUUCCACAACCAGGAGGAAGUCUUGGUCUGCACCUUUCAGAUACUCCAAAUGCUGAAAAUAGGGAGAUGGGGCUGCUUUCCACAUUAUUAAAAUGGAAUGAAGCUGAUCCACCUUCAAGGGAAGAGAAACUAAGAAAUGAAAGAAUAUGCAAAUAUUAUCAGCAUAAUCGAAAUCCUUUUGUUGAUCAUCCGGAGUAUGCUGAUCUUAUAUGGAAGCAAGCUGUUUCAAGAUGGGCUCCUUUUAAUGAUAAUAAUAAUUAGGGCGUUGCUCCGGCACCCUUACAGAAAGAGAAGGUACGGUACCUUUCAGUCUAUUGUUUAACAAAUAGAGUGACAAUGAGUGUCUCAGCUCCCGUUUGAGUAUACGUUUGCAUUGCUGGUACAAAUUGCAAAUAUAUGUUUGCUGAGAAACAAUUUAUUGCUUACCAUCUUUAAUAUCUUGUACAGAUGGAAUACUCUGUAACUGAUUCUUCAAGUUUUUAUUAUACCUUACUACAUUAACUCUGAGUUAAACUCUCAGAGAUUAUAAACACUUUAUUUGUUUCAUCUGCCUCAGAAGACAGUUGGAAAAUUGUAGUUACAAAAAGUUAAUAUCAAGUCAAAUUGGUUUGAUUAUAUGUGUGAAAUUAGCAAAGAAUUAGUUUUCUUUUUUUACUUAUAGUAACAUUUUGAAGGUACUUAUAGAUAGUAACAUAGAAUUCAAAAUUUGUACAGAAAAUAUAAUAUAUGCAGAUAAAUAUUUAAUGAUUGAUUCUUAUACCACAGAACCCAAUUAUUUUAAUAGGAUCAGUUUGGUUGGAUUGACUGAAUGUUUUUUAAGAAAACAAAUCAAACCAAUUAAAUAUGACCAGCUUGAAGAUAAACUUUACCCAUGACACACUUUAGUACACAAUUAUUUUUUUAUCUAUAACUUUCUCCAAUAAAAUUAUAGAUGACCAAAAUUACAUUGAAUCUCAUUCACAUUCUGUUUUAUAGGCAAUGGACGGGAUAAAGUAUACUGGGAAGUGUAAAUAGAGGUCUUAGUUUUUUAUUUAUUAAUUUACACACAGGAAAAAAAAGAAUAACUUAUGGGCUAUGAGGGUUUAACAACAUGACAUAAUUUCCUUUUAUUUUCAUGCAAUUGAGCAUUCAGGAGGGAAGCCUUGUGGGAAGCGCUUAGUAU